CACGUGACACUCGGAGUUGUGUUUUGAUUGACAUUCAAUUGAUUUCUGUUUUUUGUAUUCAAAAACUCUAAGAUAUGGCUAAAGAAAUGAAAGUAAAGACACCAAAGUUGUUGUCUUUAAAAGAUAGUCGGAUUAAGAACUUGAAGAAUGAGGUAAAGUUGAAAAAGAAGAACAAGAAGACGAUUAAGAAGCGUCAAGAAGACCGAGUGGUGGCCACGACUUCGACCACAAUGUUCUUCAACUAUAAUCAAUCAUUAGGUCCACCAUUUCGUGUCAUUUGUGACACGAAUUUUGUCAACUUCUCCAUCAAAAACAAGUUAGACAUUCGUCAAGCAAUGACAGACUGUUUGCUCUCAAAAUGCAUACCAUUUGUCACCGACUGUGUUGUCGCCGAACUUCAGAAAUUGGGUGCAAAAUAUCGAUUAGCUUUACGUAUUGUUAAGGAACAGAUGGAGCGAUUGCCGUGCAGUCAUUCGGGCACUUAUGCCGAUGACUGUCUCGUCCAUCGAGUCUCUCAACAUAAGUGUUAUAUCAUUGCAACCGCCGAUCGGGCGCUUAAACGAAGAAUUAGAAAAAUCCCGGGAAUUCCUAUAAUGUAUAUUAAAGACAGACAUUAUUAUAUUGAACGGAUGCCCGACGCUUAUGGUAUCAGAACUUAACGGGUGAUCAACACAACAGUGACUACAAUAUCAGUGAUAUUAUUGCAAAUCAUACUCUUAUUGAAUGUAUUUUAUAUAUAAAAGAAUAAAUUGAUUUAUUAU